CAGUUUAGUUUGGAAAUGUACAAGAUCUCGGCUCUCACGAAUCAGUGUGAAGAAUCGAAGUAUCAACAAAGUCUACUUUAAACAAGAUAAAUGUAUAUUUCGUAUCUCGUGUUAUAGUGGUGGUGUGCUACGUAGUUUGGAUAGCAUUUGCGAUUCAUUUUCUUUACCGUGUCGUUUUUAUAUUAAAUGUCAUUGCAUGAAGCCAAUAAAAAAAUUUGUUUGUGUUUUGAUUUAGUUAGAAUCACAUUGUUUAAGUUUUAAUUUGUUAACUUUGUCCGAACCUAAAAAAGCACGUUUCGCCAUAUGGCUAUAUCGAUAAGAAGCUUAUAAAACAGAGCAAUUUUAUAUUUGUUCUCACGGAAAAAGCGGCUUGAAGGGUUACUAUUCUUUCUGACUUGCUCCGAAUUAGAAGAGUGCAUUUCAAGAACGCUAGCUAUGCAAUCUCCAGAUGUUGUUGAAACACCUAAAGAGGAUCCAAAAUCUUUAAGUGAAUGGCCAACUUUAGGAGAGGUUCAUAUGAAUGAGAAGCAUGCUACCACUUCCACCAAUCCCGUUACUGUAAGAAGUUCUAAAGAGCAAAGUCCAAAUGAUAAUGGUUUAGAUGACGACUCUGCCAAGGAAAACCAAGACUCUUCUAAAUCAAAUUCUGCACAGCAAAGAAAGAAAGGCUCUAAGCAGAAAUGGGUUCCUUUGGAUGUAGAACCAGUAAAAACAGACAAAAGGAAAAAUACUCGGAAUGGAAAAGCUUUUUCCCAAAAAGAAGAUGCUUCUCUCAGCAACGGAGAGCAGAAAAAAAAAGAUGGUGAUUCUAAAAAGCAAUCAGAUUCUCGAAAGGAGAAAAGCAGCCAAAGACCGAGAGGACGAAAAGGUCGUGGAUAUGCUGGAGAUUUUAAAUUAAGACGUAGAGCAUACUCUCAAGAUGCACCUGGAUUCAAUGAUUAUCAAGAUAUAAAUAAUUUCUUACCCUCUGACAUUGCUUAUUAUCCAUAUUAUCCUUACUAUUGGAAUGGCUUUUCCAUGGGAGAUGAGGCCCUGAAAGAUUCACUGAAAAAGCAAAUAGAAUAUUACUUCAGUGAAGAAAAUUUACAAAAGGAUUUUUUUAUGAGGAGGCGCAUGAGCAGUGAAGGAUAUAUACCAAUUGCACUAAUAGCAAGUUUUCAUAGAGUUCAAGCACAAACCCAAGAUAUAAGUAAAGUGCUCGAAGCAAUCAGUGCUAGUGAUCUGCUUGAACUUAAAGAAUGCCCAGAAAGAGGCGCAUUAGUGCGAACUUUGGUCAAUCCUCAUCAGUGGCCUAUACAUGAUGCACUAUCUGCUGAAUUUCAUAGUGAUGGUCCUAUGAUUGUGCCUUCAUUAUCUGGGAAGUCUAAUGAUGCGACAGAUUCUUCUGAUGAAUUGGAUGUUACGAAGACUACAGAAGCUAUUCAGAAGAGUAUUUCUAAAAAUGGAAGUAGAAAGGAAGGACGAUUUAGAGGAAAAUCAAACCCUCCUAUGAUGAAUAUUAAAGAAGAGAGUAUUAAAGCCUCUGAUACUGAUGAUUUAGAUUUCAAGUUUGAUGAAGAUCUGGAAGAAGCUAGUAAAACUGCUGAAGCUGGAUCUUCUAGUUCCAAAAAAACUGACUAUGAGCUAAGUGACCAAGAUGUCAAUAAACUCAUUAUUGUUACCCAAAGUACAUCUAACCGUAAACAUGAUCGUUCCAUCAAGCAGUCUUUUCCUGCCUAUGUGAUGAACCAAGAAAUCGCUGCAACUAUAAAUGAUGGUCUACACAUCUAUGAACAGGACUUAAUGAACCGAUUCCAUGGUGAUACAAGAUUUCAAGGUAAUGGACUGUAUUAUGGAUCUAUGCCUCAUUCCUCACAAGCUCCAGCAAUUCCAGUUAUGGAUAAUCAAUUGCCUGGCAAGUGGCCUUUUCCUAAUGGCCCACAAUCUCGAUUCUAUCCAGUUAUUCGAAAUAUGCCUGUUGAAACUGCGCGACAACGGUUUCAAAAAAUGAGAAGCAAUAGUGAUGCUAUGGGCCAGCAUGUUGGUUGGGUCAUGGACAUAAAAGAACAUCCCUCCCGGUCUAGAACCAAUUCUACCAGUGAAACUGUCAUGUCACCUAGUAGUUAUGGUAGUGCUCCACAAUUUUUACCUGCGUUUGAGCAUCCAAGUCACGCUUUGCUGAAGGAUAAUGGCUUUACUCAAGAUUCAUAUCAUAAAUACAGAUCCCGCUGUGUUAAAGAAAGAAAAGUUUUGGGUAUUGGACAAUCCCAAGAAAUGAAUACUCUUUUCCGGUUCUGGUCAUUUUUCUUAAGAGAUCAUUUCAAUCGCAAAAUGUAUACAGAAUUUCGCAAAUUGGCUACAGAAGAUGCCAAUCUGCAAUAUCGAUAUGGUCUGGAGUGCUUAUUUAGAUUUUUCAGCUAUGGCCUGGAAAAACAUUUCAGAGAAGAUUUGUUCGAGGAUUUCCAAAAUGAAACACUAAAAGAUUUACAAAAUGGCUAUUUAUAUGGUCUUGAAAAAUUUUGGGCAUUCCUUGAAUAUUCUGGCCAAAAGGAUACACUUAAAGUUGAUCCAGUUCUAAAGGCAACUCUCCAAAGAUUUAAGACUGUUGAAGACUUCAGGGCAUAUGAAUGCAGCUAUGCUACUGGCCCUGUUGUCGAACGCCAUCGCAAUUUAUCAGAAUCUUCUGGAUCAAGGCAGAAUAAAAAUUAUAAUCAUGAUGCUAGAUCUCGACGCAAUACUAUUUCUGCUUCUGAUGCUUCUCGUCGAAGAAAAGGUAGUGGUUCUAAGCAAAAUGAACAGAAAAAAAGUGUAAAAAUUGCCCCACUUGAAAAUAAAGCAUCUGAAGUCUUGAGUUCAACUGUUGAUAAAAGUCUCAAUAAAGAUAAUUCAAAACUAGCUACUGGCCCUUCAAAUUCUAUUUCAAAUAAGGCUAGUGAUUCUGAGAAAUGUAGUUUUGAAGAUGAAGCAAAAAGUAGCAACACUUGUGAAUUAAAUAAAGAAGAAAUUUCCCCAUUCAAAGAAAGUAAAGUUCCUCCUGCUGAAAGUGAUAGUUCCACUACAAGCGCUAUUAGUGAUGAUAACCAAAAUUCCUCUGACUCGAAAAUUGAUCUUUCAAACCAAGAGUCAAGUACGUUAAAUGAUGCAAAAUCACUUGAAUUGCUUACUGAGCAACCCACUAAAGAGGUUGAAAAUACUGUUGAUAAAGGAUCAUGUACUGAAAACACUUCAUCUGAAGUUAAACCAGAAACCUCUAUAAGCAAAGAAAGUUCACAAGAUGAUGACAGUGCUGCUGACAUCUGCUGUGAUUUUGUUAGUCUCAGUGUGAAAGCAGAAGAACAGAGUGAAAAUAUUUCUUCCGAUAGCUGUACAAAACCUGAUGAUGAGAAGAAGUCAGUUGAAUGAAUGAUGUUUCCUUAAAUGAUGUCCAGAAAUUGACUCUGUUCCUGAGUUCACUUUAUUAAAAAUUAAGGCAAUUUUGUGAUACAAAUAUUUUUAUAUUGGUAAUUGAACUCCAGAAAUCCUCUAAAUUCAUUUGUGCCAUUUGCAAAUAAUAGUUGUGCCUUGUAUUUAUGUCAACAAAAAAAACAACAAAAAAUUCUUAGAUAAUGUGUGAUUUAUGUUUAGCUGUAUCUGAAUGAUUUAAUUGUCAAGAGAAUACAUAUAUUGAAAUCAUUUUUAUCCGACUAAAUUUUUUCAUGUUUUCUUUUUUGAAAACAUUGGUGAUAUAUAAAAACUUCUUUUAUUUGUAUCCAAUAUUUGACAAAUUUUAUUGUAUUAAUGAGUGAAUGUGUUGUUGGAAAUGAAUGCAUUAUUUCAAAGAAUGUGUCAGUGUUAAGUUGACUUAUGCAAGAUAAGAAUUCUUGCUCUUUUUCUUUUUUUCUUGUUAAAAAAACUAUUAUAUACAUGUAUUCUAUAUAUUAUAUUUUUGUUUAUAGAUUUUUUUUUUUUUUUUUUUUUUUUUUUUUUUUUUUUUUUUUUUUNUUUUUUUUUGAUUAACAAUAGCUUCUUGAAUUAAAUAAAUUUACUAAUACAUAUGCAUGUACUUAUGUUGAGCAAGCACAUUUUUUUUACCAAUAGUAUAUAUACUUGUAUUCUAUAGAUUAUAUUUUUGUUUCUAGGUUGUUUUUUUUUAAUUAACUAUAGUUUCUUUAAUUAAAUCAAUUUACUAAUGCAUAUGCUUGUACUUAUGUUAAGCUAGCACAUAUUUUUACCAAAAACCUUAGUUUAAAGGAUUAAUUUAUAUAUUUUUCAUAUACAUAAAAACUGAGUUUUAUUUUAUAAUUUUCUUUUGUGCUGUGACGUGAAGUCAACUCAACCUUUCGCUAUUACUUUACAAAUUGGUAGGUAGCUGAUUUCAAAAGUAUUUGUUCAUGUAAGAAAUCUGUCUGAACAUCUUAAUUUGUGCAACAUAAAAAGAAAACAGCAAAUUCCUAAAUGUUUUUCUUUUGGAUUUUGUUAAGCAUGAUUUGUAAAUAGUUUUAUUCUGGAGUUAAUUUCAUUUGUUAAGUUUGUUUCUGAGGUCUAAGCCUUAAGCAAAUAAAAUUUCAUGUUCUAUGGUUUAAAAAAAGGAAAUAGUAUGUCAUGAAAUAUUUUAUGCUUUGGGUGUAAUUUGUUUUGUACAUUUUGAAUGUUAUUUUGUCUGUUUAUAGUUUCAAGUAUUCUUUAUUCUUGAGAGGCUUUGCAAUCUGUGUAAAUGGUGUAUUUUACUGGGAAACUGAAUAUACUUACUUGUAAUUUACGAAGCCCUCUUGUUAACUGUGUUUUAUAGGUAAAAUUCAUCCGAUAUUAGUCUGUGCCAAAAAAAAAUUUUAAUUAUAAAGGCAAGCAUUCAAAGAGCUCAUUCUAAUGAAGAAGUACUGCUUCUGCUACUUUUCCCCCUAUUUAUUUUUCAAGACUUAGUCUUUAAAUCCUUAAGUUAUAAAUUAGAUGAUUCACUUAUUUAACAUUUGAAGCAAAAUAAUUUGAAUAUUUUGAAACCUAACUGUUUUAAACUAUAGAUUAAAAAAUUUUAAGGUUGUAAAUAUUUAAAAAAAAUUUUGACUAUUGACAAACAAUUUUUUUCAUUUUUUUUUUUUAAAGUUAUUGCUAUCUUUAUCUGUCUUUUUGCAAUAUAGUUACAAAAAGAUGCAUUAGCUUUUGAGCGUUUAAUAGCUUGUGUAAUUAUUGAAAAUUUGUCUCUUUUAAAAAUUACUUAUGAUUUUUAAGAUUUUCUGUGUGUUCAUACUUGGCUUUGAGAUUUAUUGUGUUUUUGUUUUUUUUUCAUGCCUCAUAAACUUGUUUUAAAACUUGUAAAUUUUUCUAAAACAUUAACUUGACUUAAAUUUCUUAACAUGGUCACCUGUUCAAGAACACUUGUUUAUAAAUUUGGGUUAUAGCUUGCGGAUGUGCUUUACCAAAAAAGUUUCUUUUUACUGUGUAAAAGAAGAUAUAGUUUUAAGGCUUUUUAUAUAUAUAUAUUUACUUAUACUCUAGUCAGUCAUCUAUAGAUUAACAUAUCCUAGUCCAAAAGGAUUAAAUGGUUUUCUAUUUUAAAUUAUUUCUAUUUUUCAGGAAACUUGUCUUCCCUUCUAUAACUUACUUAAUAGAAACUAUUAAUACUGUUUUAAGUAUAAUACAAAAUAACUAUUUCUUGAAUAAUUUCUUAAUUAACGCAUUUAUUUGCAUUUUAGUGUUAUUUUAAUUUUCGACCCAGAUUCAGAUCAGUAAAGCACGACAUUUUAACUAUGUAUUUUUAAGUUUAUAGUUAAAUCUAACUAUUGUUCUUUAAUUGAAGAACUCUCCUGCUAUUCUAAUGGUGCUCAGUAUGUUGCAUUCCAACAUAGUUCAUGAUUUGUAUCAAUCAAAAUGUUUGUAUUAUUAUAUUUACUGUGUUUUGUUUAGCUUCAAGAUUGGAUAAGCUCUAUAAAAAAAAUUUCAGAUUAGGUCUUGUCGUACUAUUUUUCUCUAUGCUAUUUUAUAAACUAUAAAUAUUUUCAUAUCAAAAAUUUCCUGGCAUAAUUAGUACUUUUAAAUCAAUGUAAUAUUCAUAUCUUAUUAGAUUGCUGUUAUUUGUUCCCCACGACUAUAAAAAUUCCAAUAGAUUUUUUAUUAUUAUUAAUAUUGAAGUUGAGCAUAGAAAUGCAUUUUAAGAUGUUGAUAAUUUGCAGCAGAACUUUUGAAGCUGUGCCAAAUUACUAAAGUUUUGAAUUUGAGCUGUAAUAUUCUUUUUUAAUUACUAGUUUAAUUUUUCAAGUAAGAUUGUUCAGUAUAAUCACAAAAAGUAAUUUCUGCAUGUUAAAUUUUGUUUUUUAAAAGUUGUGCCAUCUAGAUUUUCAGCUCAAUAAUUCAUAAAUGUGAGAUUUCACUUUUUUUAUGAUAGUCAUGAAUAUCUCCUAAACUUCUAGUAAAACUAGUAAAUGCUAUCUGCUAUGUAUUUGAGAUUUUUUUUUUAUUUACUGUGAUUUCUUGUUGUGUUUAGUUAACUUAAUUCCUUAAAAAUACAUGAUGAAAACAGAUUUUUUUUUUUCAACCUUACUUAAUAAUUAGGUUUUUUUUUUUGUAUAUAUUUGUGUGUGAAAUUCAUUUAUUGACAGAGUUGUGCUGUUGAAAAUAUGUUGUGUACAUUUCAUUUUUGCUCAAGUGAAAGCAUUGUUUUUGUAUGUGUAGUGUGAAAUUUGGUAAAGUUUGAAGUUCUAAAAGUGCCUGUUGUGAUUUAUGAAUUUAUAUGUAAUAUUGAUAACCAUGUGCCUAUAUAUGCAUCAGCCUUAAGAAUUGAUGCAUCAUAUAAUGCUUGUAUUGUUAAACUGAGCUUUUGCGCUAUGUGUAUCAAUUGGUUAUGUUAUAUUGGGUUUGGGACGUUUGAUUACUUUAUGUAUGGGCAAUAAAUAAAGACUCUAAAAGAUAA